AUGAACUCGAACGUCAGUGAAGAUGCAUUCUGGCUCAUCCACGACACGCUCUACUCCAACGGCUUCCCGCGUAACCACCCAAUCCUGCUGCAGUCUGUACGUCACUUCCAUGUUGACGCCCUCACACACGUCUGCUCAAGGCGCGGCAAGCGUCGAGUCAACAAGGAUUAUGGCGAUGCUGGCCCAAAAAACCAGUGGUUUUUGGUCAUUGAGGGAGAGGACCUGCAGGCAUGCCUGAGCUUACAGCCGUGCGAGAACAUCAGGACAGGCGGUUUCGGAAUCCUGACGCUGCAGAUCAUGGAAUGCUCCGAGACGAUGCCGUCGGAUCUGCUUCACAGGCAAACAUACUUUUGCCAUCGAAGUACCUUGACGGCAAAGGCCGUUCUGGAGACGAUCUUCUUCAACGGCUGGCACAAAUACGAAAUGAUGCCUACCAAAUCGGGCUCUCUGUGCGGCGGUCGACAUCAUACAAUGCAAAUGCUCUUCGACCUCCAGGAUACAUGCUGGAUAGGGCCCAGGAGCCUGCAAGACAUGGACAUAUUCGAAUAUCUGGAAAGAGAAUAUAUCCACGGGCACUGGGCGCCUGACGGCAGAAGGAACCUGCUGAGCAGAGCUUUCACGAUUCGGCCUGGGAGGUUUCGACCAGAUGUGGGCAGGAUGCCUACAUCAGAGGGGCCUUGGGAGAGGCUAGUGACUAGAAAGAUUCUCCUAACACCAUAG